CUUUUUCUGGAUCAGCCCUUUCUUUCUGAUCGGUAACGUUGACAAACUGGCAGGAAUCUUAAGUGCCUUUUGCUUCCUGCUGUUGCAGUCGUGACUCGCGAAGUGAAAGAUGAGAAAGGGCAGACGAAUUGUAUUGGAGGUGGGUCAGUUUUCUCACUGAAAACCAGGGAACAACGCUUUCUGUUACUUCUUUCAUGUUUUCUUCUUGCUUAAAGCGCCUUUUUGAGAGCGGGAUUUUGCAGUCUCUCGCACGUGUUAAUUCCACUCGCCCCUCAUGCUUUUGUUAUUCUCAUGCUCAUUUAUAAUUCAUUUUCGCAGCACAACUUUUCUGCAGUUUUUUGGUCCAGCUGAUGCUUGAGAUCUAUCCUGACGAGUCCUUCUGAAUUGGGUUUCAAUUGAAGCCUUGAAUCUGUUGCCCUCGGAGAAGCAGGACGUUCAUGCUCUUGACAAAUGGAUGAGAGAAAGAUUCCUGAUUCUUGUUUGUCGUCCUUGUUCUUAUGCGAAGAAAAGGUCAAUGACUGGUAUCCAAUGUACUUUGGUGUGUCGUGCGCGUUCUUCGCCCUGAGACUCUUGCCUGGUCGGGAGACGGACGACGACAAAUGGUCUGAGGUAUGGAACACGAUACUCCACGGAAGCGCUCAGUUGCUGGGGUUGCUCGUGUGGAAAGCUCAGAAAAAGGGAACUGAUGAGGGGAAAGGCGCGCUCUUAGCCAAGCUAGAGAUGGCUGAGCGAGAGAGAGACGAAUUGAAGAGAAUUAGACAUGAAGACGCAAAAGCCAAUGAGAAAGUAGUCUGUAUUUUUGCGGCACAAGAGCAAAAAUGGUUUAAUGAAAGGAAGAAGCUUCAGCAACAGAUCAGAGCACUCUCGAAUGAGGUGAGGGUCAUUAGGAAAAAGAAGGAUGAAGAAAUUUCUGGGUUGAAUGAAAGACUAAAGGAAAUGGAGCUUCUGGUCCUGUCAAAGGAUAAAGAAUUGCAGGAAGAGGGACUGAAGAGAAAGGAAGUGGAAGAAAGGUUCAAGAAGGCCGAGAAUUCUGCGGAAGAAAUGAGGGAGAAAGCAAAGCGAGAGGCUAAAGAGCAUGCCUCAGAAAUUUGGAAGCACAAAACUGCAUUCAUCGAGCUCGUGUCGAACCAACGGCAGAUCGAGGCCGAGAUGGGUAGGGCCCUCAGGCAAGUGGAGACCACAAAGCAAGAGCUCGAGUUGGUUUUAGAACAGAAGGAGGAGUCUGAAUUGAUGGUCCAAAAAUUGUCCGUGGAGAUUGUGAAGAUGCAAAAGGACAUGGAACAGAAGGACGAUAUUCUGUCUGCAAUGCUGAGGAAGUCCAAGUUGGAGACGGCGGAGAAGCAGAUGCUUUUGAAGGAGAUUAAGUUGUCAAAAUCUAAGAGGAAACAGGCAGAACUAGAGACAGAAAGAUUGAGGUCCGUAUCCGUGUCCAAACACGGGGGACACUCGUUGAGAAGUAUGUUGGCUAACCAAGUCAAUCUAAAACUCGAGGGUAUAUACGGAGCAAGAAAACUGAAUUCCGGUACGAUGGGAUCAUCUCUCAUUGGGAAGGCCAGGUUGCAGGCAAAUAGUCUUCUUGAAUACGAGAAUCCCGAUUUUUCUGGGGAGAUGGAGGCAUGCGCUCCUGAGUAUGACAGCUAUUCUCAAGAACAAACUGAGGCACUAGCUAUCACAGCUGAUGUUAAGCGGUUGGAACACUGGGUUCAUUCGGAAGCAGAGAAAUAUGCAACUCUAGCUGAGGAAAGGCAUCACCUUGAGCUAAAUGCCUUCGUGGAACAGAUGAGGCUCAAAGAUGAGAAAUUGGAAGCUUUUCGUUGGCGAAUGCUGAGCUUGGAAAUUGAGUCCAAGCGACUGCGGUCUCAUGUUGAGGGUUUGAAUAGAGACAUAUCUCAACUCAGAAACACUAAUACGAAGUUGGAAGCCCUGUUGUUUGCACGAGAGGAUGAGCUCGGUGCUUUUAAAGAGCAACUCGGUUCACAAUCAAAUCAUAUCAAUUUCCAGAGGCCUUUAAAUGAUCCGUCUAUCCAUGAUCCCGAGCUAGUUGAAGAUACUAUUUGGUCUGAAGUUAAGAUCGUUAAGAGAAGACUGGGGCAUAAGGAAAAAAAAGGAGAUACAUCGGCAGUGAAAGCUUCUCAAGAUGAAGAUGCAGAAGUAAUAGUUGAAACUGCAUUAGUUUGUCAGCCGGCCGAAGUGACAAAGGUCCAAUCUCCUCAGAAAGUUUCUGAAGAACAGGAGGACUGUGGUGAUUGUGUUCCUAAGAGAGAAGAAAGUGGAACUCCCACAGAUUUGGGCACUCUCCAAAAUUUACCGUCUUUGAGCCGGAUUUCAAGCAAGACGAAAAGUUCUUCCUGGAAAAUGGAUCUUCAAGCUCUUGGAGUCUCGUGCAAGAUCAAGAGGCUGAAGCAGCAACUUCUCAUGCUUGAGAAGUUGAUGGGAAAGCAAGAAAGGAGCGAAAAUGUCGAAAGCAAAGAUGAUGGACCCAUUGGCAUAGAAAAUUUCCUGUCUCUGGUUUCUUUGUUGACGAAACAAGUCGGCCGGUAUCAGUCACUCCAAGAAAAAGCCGAUGAUCUGUGCAAGCGAAUGCAUGAGAACAAUCUGGAUUCGACUCUCGUGGAUUGCAGUGCUACGAAAUCAAGGGGAAGGACUAAAACACUGGAGAAUUUUCUCGAGGAAACGUUUCAGCUUCAACGGUACGUGGUCGUGACAGGACAAAAAUUGACAGAGAUACAAUUGAAGAUAGCCGUCGGAUUCGUCGGAGCAGCUGAAGAACUCGCGAAAUAUGCAACCUUUGACGUGAAGCGGUUUGCCGAUGGCGUGAGGACUCUGUUUCAAGAAGUCCAAAGAGGCCUGGAAGUCCGAAUAGCUCGUAUCAUCGGAGACCUUGAAGGAACCUUAGCUUGUGAUGGGAUAACACAUCUCAGGAGAUAACCCAUAAAGAUGAAACAGAGAUGAGUUUUAGGUGAACUGUGUUAAGAGGGAUCAAUCCACCAUUUCUUCUCACAUUUCCCCUUUCUUUUUACCUUCUGUAAUAUAUGUAUGUAGUUACAGGACAUUGUAUAGGAUUAUGCAUAGUUCCAAUCGCAACAGAAAUUCCAUAUGACUGGAUAUGUUCUCAACCCGAGGAUAUAUGUCAGCUUAUAAAAGCAACUCGUCCCAAAACUUAAUAUGGGUAAUUGUCACUUUGAUCUUCCAUCUGGGGCCUUCUCUCUGAAACAUCAGGUUGCUACAGAACAUUUUUAUGGUAUUUAAGUUUCAUAUGAAACGAUUCUUGAGAGAAAUUACUUGGUAUCCUCAAAAGGGACAGCACAAAAGGAAGUAGAAAGGCGAUGCUCGACUUAACUUGUGAAGCUGAAAAAAAGCUGAGGCAUAUUGGCAUAUUCCAGAGGUAAAACAGGAAUGUUUCCUUGUCCAAGAAAAUAUUCCAUGGCAUAUGGCAUCUUAUUAUAGACUCUUUGCUUACCUUCUUCCCAUUUUCUUCAUUCUCGUCAUCCUGCAACUGCAAAUCUCUUCACAGAGGCUCUCUCCUCUCAGAGAGUAUCGAUCAGGUAAGUCUCCCUCCCUCCCUCCCUCUGCACAAGCUCACUGAGUUUCUUUUUACAGAAACUCCUGUCUCCCACGGUUGUGUUCUGAUCAUAAGGUAGACUUCUUAUGUUCUGGUGAUAUUGCUUGUAGUGGCAU